AUUUUUUUUUCCAAUAAAUUUUGACUCUGAUUGCAGACAAUUUCUUUCACCAGAAUACUGAAAACAGAUAAAGAACAGAGAGAAACUGAAUUGAAAAAUGGAGGCCUCGGUGGGUUUUAAAACCCUAACUCUGAACUUCAUUACUAAAAAACCAAAUAAUUUCGCCCCAUUUCCCUCAAUGUUCCGCCCAUUAUAUUCAACUACCAAAAACACCAACAGAUUCUAUAAAUUCUCACUCUCCCGUUGCUGCGUUUCUGAAACUGGGCGUGAUAAUUGUUUGCCAACUGGAGUUGGUGAAGCCGUAAAGCAAGUAUCAGCUGAGAAGAUUCUUCAGGUUGUUUUGGUUUCUCCACAGAUUCCUGGAAACACUGGAUGCAUUGCCAGAACUUGUGCAGCAUCAGCUGUUGGGUUACACCUGGUUGAGCCUUUAGGUUUUCAAGUGGACGACACAAAAUUAAAACGUGCUGGGUUGGAUUAUUGGCCAUAUGUUGUUGUAAAAGUGCAUAGCUCCUGGGAAGAGUUUAGAGAAUAUUUUAGGCAACAGAAAGGAGAAAAACGACUUCUUGCGUUUACAAAGAGAGGAACGAACAUACAUUCAGACUUUUCAUACAGAAGAGGUGAUUGGCUUGUAUUUGGUGCAGAAACUUUUGGACUCCCAGCUGAAGCAUUGCUUGAUUGUAAAAAUGAACCUCUUGGCGGUGGCACAAUCCGUAUACCAAUGGUAGAAACUUAUGUUAGAUGCCUUAAUCUGUCGGUAAGUGUUGGGAUCUCUUUGUAUGAAGCUUGCAGACAACUUGACUACGAGCAGCUACAAAAUCCAACAGAAAUUUCUAAUGAUAAACAGAAAUCAUUUGUAAGUGAAGAUGUAUUUGCUUAAUUUUUUAAUAUUCUUUUUGAUAAUUUGUAUUUGCUUAAAUUACUUGUACCAAUGUGUAUAAAUACCUCAGAGACAUUAAACCCGAAAUUAAAAUUUUUAGCUAUA